AUGAACUAUGCAUUGCGCUUGUCAAAAAAUGAAUAUAAAGGACCGCUAGGUGAAAAAGAAUACUUUGAAGAUAAUGAAGAAGAAAAAAAAAAAAUAAAAGAAUUAAUCGAAAAAAUAAAAACAAGUAAUUAUAUAGUUGUACACGCAGGUGCCGGUAUAUCAACAAGCUGUGGGCUACAAGAUUUUAGAGGACCCACAGGAAUAUGGACAAAUGAAUUUCUUAAAGAAGUAAGAAAUAAAAAAAAAAAAAAAAAGGAUAAAAGGAAAUGUUUAGAAGUAAAAUAUGAUAAUUCGAGUAAUUCAACGAGACAUUAUUCAAUUAAUAAAAAAGAAAAAUUUGAUAUUAAUCUUAUUAAAAAGGAAAAACUUGAAAAGUUAGAUAAAAAUGUCAAAUUCGAAAAAAGCUCAGAAAAUGACAAUUUAGGUGAAAACAAUAUUAAUUGUACAAAUUUACAAGAACAAUUUAAAACUAUAAUAAAUAAUAAUGAUUUUAUUGAUAAAAAAACACAGAAUGAAAAUCAUGAUAUAAAUAAUUCAUAUGAAAAUUCAAAAAAUACACAUUUGAAUGAAACUAGCUUAAACAUUAAGAACGAAGAUUCGUUAGAAAAUUUUAAUAAAAAUGUAAGUUCUGAUGAAGAAAAAAUUAGCAUAAAAAAUGUUUCAAAUGAUUAUGAUGAAUCAAAUUCAUCAAAUUGUUUAGACUCAGAAAAUUAUGUAAUAUUUGGGAAAAGGAAAAAAAAAGUAAUAGAUCUUCAUUUAGCUUUACCAUCUAAAACACAUAUUAUGAUAAAAGAAUUAAUGAAUAAAAAUGUUAUUAAAUUUCUAAUUACUCAAAAUAUUGAUUCAUUACAUUAUAGAUGUGGUACGAAAUUUUCAAAAAUAGCAGAAAUACACGGGAAUAUUUUCAUAGAAAGAUGUGAUUUUUGUGGAAGAAGAUAUUUAAGAGAUUUUGUUAUCCCCACUAUCAGUUUUAAGCCUACAGGUUCUUUAUGUUUUCUAUGUUCCUUUCCUCCAGUAGGAAUAUGUACUGAUGUUUUAUUAGAUUGGAACAAUUCUUAUGAAGAUUUUUUUCAUCAAAAUUCCAUUAAACAUUCUCAAAAGGCUGAUUUUCAUUUUUGUCUUGGUUCUAGUUUUUAUAUAGUACCAGCUAGUUAUUAUCCAUCAAAAAAAAAGUUUGCAAAUAAAAAUUCUUAUAGUUGUUUAGUAAAUUAUCAGAAAUCUUUUUUAUCAAAAGAAGUUAAUUUAAAUUUACAUUCAAAUGUAAAUAACAUUUCAGAUAUCAUUAUUAAAGAAUUUGCACUUGAUCCAUUAUCAAUAAGAAACGCAAGAAUUGUCAUAGUAAGAUGUCCUUUAAACAACUUUGACUUACUUUAUGAUAACUUAAUUACAAUUAACAAUAUGGGGAAAAAUGCAUAUAAUUCAGAGAUAUCUAAAAGGGAAAAUAAUGAAACCGAAAUUUUUUUUGCCAAUAAUAAUGAAUAUAAUUUAAAUGAAAAAAUACAUAUGUACAAUGAUGAACAUGAUUUAAAUAAAAAAGAAGAAACUAAUAAAACAACUAAUGGUAAUAAUGCGCUUAAUAAUAAACAAAAAAGUAUUAGUACUUUUAAAGAACAAAUAUUUUUAAUAAGGUGUUCUAUGAUUAAAAAUAUAAAAGGUAUAAGCAUCGGUAGCUUAGAUGAAAUAUCAGUAAAGCAGUUAGAUAAAAUUAAGGGUAUAUGGAUUAUAAAAUCAAAAUUUACUUGUUUAUUAGAAAUUCAUCUAUGGUAUAAUUCAUUUAUUUUGUUAAAAUUAAUUUAUAAUGAAUACAGUUCUUUUAUUGAAUUAAACACAUGGAAUGUUCACGUUGCCUAUACAUAUGGUGAUGAUAUUGACGAUAUUGAUAUUUCCAACAAUAACAAAGAAAAUUUAAAAAAUUUUAACUUAUAUAAAAAUAAAUAUGUAUAUGAUAUGAACACAAAGGAGUCUUAUGAGAAUAAUUUUAAUGAAAUUGAAGAAGUAGAACAAAAUAUUUUCAAUAAUAAAAAUGUUAAAUUAAAUAAUAGCAUACAUCAUAAUAAUUCAAAAUCUUAUAAUUUCAAUGAAAAUUUAGAAAAUUUCUACAUCUCAGAAAUUUUAAAUGAGCAUGUCCACGUUGGUUACAAUCCAAAUAAUUUCAAGGCGGAAUCAAAAGUUGAGCUGUUAGCAAUUUUAAAUAAUUCUGAAAAUCUUUUUAAAAAUGAUGGUUUUAUUCCAUUUGAAUUACCUAAUUCAUUUAAACUGCUAUACAAUUUAUUUUGUGUAGUAAAUAAAUCUAAUGAAAAUGAUAUUAGUUUUACUCAAAAAGAAAGUGAUGAUAAAUAUGAGGUAUUUAUAAAAAAUUCGAAUUUAUCAGAAAAUAUAAAUUUUUACACCAAUGAUUUCAUAAACUCAUUUAUUAAAAAGGAAAAAUAUACUAAUCAUAGUCGGUAUAAAUUUAGAGAAAGAAAAAAAAGAAAAUUAUAUGAUUAUAGCUCUUGUUCUGAUGAAGAUAAGGAAAAAAAAAUUUUUAUUUUUUACGACUUGUACAUGAAUGAAGACAAGAGAAUUUAUAAAAUAAAAAUUAAUAAAGACUUAAUUAAAAAUAAUUUAUCUAAGAUUUUCUCAUUAAAAAAUAGUUAUUCCUAUGAAAAUAAUACUAUAAAAAAAAAUGAAAACUUAAUGAAAAAUGAUGAAAUAAUAAAAUGUAUCAAAGCAAAUACUAAUAAUGAUAUAAUAGAUAUGAAUGUGCCAAAAGACAAGGUUCUACAAAUAUGUGAAAGAAAAAGCUAUUCACAAAAUUUUUCAUCAAAAAUUAAAAAUAAUGCUAAUAAUUAUGGCAAUAUUAUUAACACUAAAAAUUAUGAAAAUAUUGAUAAUUGUAUGUACAAUAAUAAGGAUGAGAUAGAUCAUAACAAAUGUGCUGAAGAACAUAUUAUAGAAAAUAAUUUUAAUAUACAAAUGGAAUUAAAUAAAGAUAUAGCAGAAAACAAUUCAUUAAGAAACAAUUUUUAUAAUGAGAAUUUUAAAAUAAAUAAUGAUGAAUCAUAUAAUAAAAUAGAUAAGAAAUAUUUGCAAGAUAGCAUAAACAAGGAAAAUGAUUUAAAAGAUAAUUAUUCUAAUUUACCAUCAUUAUUCUGUCCUAAUAUUUUAAUAAAUAAUAAGCACAAACUUGGGGAAUUAGUAAUGAAAGUUCCUAAAUAUAUUAAACCUAAAAAAAUAUAUACUCCAUAUAAAAAAAUUAGGAAAGAUAAAAGAUUUUCUAACACUCUUCAAAAAUAUAGAUAUGAGAUAUGGCAGAAAAAAUAUAAUGAAAUAAUAAAUAAUACAAAUGAAGAACACACAAUUUAUUCAACUUUAUACAAAGAAAUAUGUUAUUUUCCACUAUGGCUUUUAAGUUAUGUUAACGAUUUAUUUGAAUGCUUGUAA